CCUCAACCGGAAAAUAAUUACAUAACAAACACAAGCGACUUGCUGGCUGGCAUGAAAAGACAAGAUAUAACAACUUUAAAUAAGUUACCUUUAUAAUGUCGCUUUUGCGUUUAUGACUAUCUAUAUGUUUAUGAUAUUUUCUUCAAGACAUAUCUUGUUAGCUACAGCUGCUAGAUCAAUUUAUACUUUUAUUUUUUGCUAGCUAACGUCAAGUUAUGCCUCAAGAGAUUCAAGGGGGAGAAGAACAGCUCCCGUUGGUAAGGUCUCUGAAAAGCGGAAUACCGUCGAAUGCAGUGUUUUGUAACCGGAGUCCUCGAAUCAUGCGACCAGUAUGGAUUAAUUUCCGCGGGGAACCUCAACUCUACGAUAUUUUACAGCCAGGAAAAGGAAUGAAAAUGAACACCUUCGUAGGUCAUCCUUGGAUGUUCAGAGAUGCAGAGACAGAUGACGCGCUGAAGGCGAAUAGUAAAGAGAUGUUCCUGCCCAAACCAAUGGAGAAUGGACAGGCUGUCCAGGUUAACGUCACAUUACCAGUCCUCAGCUUGAAGGAGCGUGCCCUCCAGGUAGUGCGGCGCCUGGUCCGUCCAGAGGACUACAGGAGGCUGGAGAUUGCUCGGUGUCUCCAUGAGGAGCUGGAGGACCGUCCCAGCGUGCUGAAGGACCUGAUGCGCAUCGCCCAGCGCGUGGAACAGCGCCUCCUAGAAGACAGGCAGCAACCCCAGGAUGCAUGAGGAGCAACUUAGAAUAGGAGUGCUUAUAUAGAUAUCGCUAUAUGGCUCUGAUGCUGCUGUUGAUGUUUCUGAAUCUAUCAAAAUAAUAAGAUGACAGAAUGAAAGAUUGUUUGAUUGGACACUGGACACUGGGAGGUCAGGGUUGAAUUCACUGCUGUAGCAACUACCGAGGGUCUUAUCCAUUUUUUGUUGUUGUUGCAAUUGUUUAAAAUGGUAUUCGUAGCUUAGGAAAAAAA